GCUGCAUAAAAGCAUCGAGUCUCGCUGCGAGGCUAAUCCUCCAUCGGUCUCUGACUAUUGCAACCUGAGCCUCCAGAAACAUCGAUGUCAUCCCCGUAUACUCAGCCACGCACUCGGGUUUUCGUCGCUUGUGUCAGCUGCCGCAAGUUGAAAGUCAAGUGCAUGAACAACAACGAAGAUGAUACCCCAUGCGCUCGAUGCGUCCAACGGAAUAUCCAAUGCGUCUACGCUCCAGUCAAUUCCAGAUCAACGGAGAGUGACGAUAGGGCACCUGAUCCGCAUUCGGGAACGGUUUAGAUGACUGAGAUCAGCGGGAUCGACUUUCAGACUUGAAAUCAGGCACUUAGAUGGGGUUAGAUAUCGAACGGCCAUGGACGCUGUAACAACAGUCAUUCAUGCUUGAUCCGUUGAUUGUCGAUGAAUGAGGAAGAAACGAAUAUCACUGGCUGCAUAUCCAAGAAAGAGUGGGAUAAUACUCGGCAUUUCAAUGAGAGCUUGCUAUAUCUCUUAGCCAAGACUUGUUUGUGGAGUCUGUCCACGAGACCCCAUAUACACUCCAGUCCCAAUUCCGGACAGAUGAAAUACAUCAGGAUCUUGUUUUCGUAUGCUGCGGCCAGCGAGAUCCGCGAGCAAGAAAAUUUUAGAUUCUAGGCAGCAAGCCCUGCCAGCAUGCUGAGUAAAAUGCGCGAGGUAGAAGUAAGAUGACGGAGAAGUCGAAAAAGGACGAGGCAGUUGUUGCGCUCGCACGGUCCGAAGUAUGAUAGCCGAUGCGGAUGUCUGAUCGAUCAGUCUUGGGGAAAUGACGUCAACGACUGCUUCGACUGCUUUUCCUCGCCUAAAAUUCAAGCAAUUCAAUCCUGUCUAGACCACCAGAGCUACCAGUGUGUUAAUAAAAUAUGAGGAUUGUGCGCCUUGAACCGGUCAUGAUGUCACUCGAGGCGACUGACCCGUCAUGGAUCUGGUUGAUGUGAUUAAGACUCUUUUUUCUUCUCAUCGACCAGGCUCUCUCUCUCCACCGCUACCCAGGGGCAUCUUGCCCACACAAUGCCCUCACCUACGCGGCCCGUGCGAGACGAGCAACGCAAUCGAACUACUCGUGGUACUGAUUUCGCUCCAUGGCGCGGUACGGACCCCAGGACAGCACCAAGUUUAUCCACACUGACGCUGGAUGUCCAGCAGGGAGUAUCACUAACCCGAAAUCCCGGUGCUUUUGGGCCAUUGAACCACGUCCCCAGUCGCCUGUCCCCCGGUUCCACUCCAUUUACGUCCCACACGUCACUGCGAUCGUCAUUUGGCUCCCCCCACUUAGCGCCUUCGCAGUCCGGCGCUUUCCAUGAAUCAUUGAACCCCUACGCUGCUCCUUACCUGUCAUCCACCACACCAGCACCGUCUCUCCCGGCGUCGAACUCGGCCCUCUCUGGGUCUUUCGACCACCUGCAUCCUCGAUACCACAUGUAUUCUUCCGGCCGAAUGCCUCUCUCCCCUCCAUCCUUCCCAAGCCAAGAGCAAGACGGCGGGACAUGGAUGUACUUUCCCCCUCCAAGACCGCUGAUACCCGCCCAUCCGGUGCCUCCAAGUCCCCCUCAGCGCACGCCCUCGUUGUCCCACCAGCGACGGCCAUAUCACCCAGCCGCGCCGCCGCAUCGAUCGGAGUGGGCUAUGUGGGUCGGAAACAUCCCACGGGACACGGACCAUGACGAGCUCUGGCGUUUCUUCACACAGCCCCCAUCGGGAGGGGACCCUGCGGGCGUCAGCGCCAGCUCAAGACGUAAUGGGGUGCAUUCCAUCUUCCUCAUUGCCCGUUCGGGAUGUGCGUUCGUGAACUACGACUCACAGAGCCAGCUGUCGGCUGCUAUUUCCCGGUUCGAUGGCAUGGCACUGCGCGCCACCGCCUCGGUCGGCACGAGCAAGGCUGGCUCGCCACUCGUUUGUCGGAUGAGGAAGCAUGAGGAUGACUUGAAUGCUGGAGUUGGAGGCCAGCGCGGGAUGGGGCUGCACAAAAAGUGGGUCAAGGACAAGGGGAAGGGCAAUGGGAAGAACAAAGGCAAGCCGAGUGUCGUGGUCAUGAGGGACAAUUUGCCGAUCGUCGGAGCAAGCGUGCAAAGCUCCGGACAUGCACAGACGGAAAGUGGAGGAAGUUCGGGAUCGGGAUCAAAUGUGUCCACCAACUCAAGUUUCCUCCGCGAGCAUUUUCCCCGACGUUUUUUCAUUCUCAAAUCUCAUACGCAGGCACACCUGGACCUGAGCGUUGAAACCGGUGUCUGGGCAACUCAGAGUCACAAUGAAAGUGUUUUGGACAGGGCGUAUCGGACCUCGGAGGAUGUCUUUCUGUUCUUCAGCGUGAACAGAAGCGGUGAAUUUUACGGAUAUGGACGCAUGACAGGUCCCGUCGAAUUACGACGCAGCAAACCUGUUAAUGAUCCGCCACAUCUAUCGAUCUUCGCUGGUGGCUCGCCGCUGUUCGAUGAAGAUCUUCCUCCGCCGGAAGCUCUACUUCCUCCAUCACUGCUGGAUGACGCCGAAGGCAGCGAACACGAGCUCAAUCAUGAGUUCACGCUUCACUGGAUUUCCGUUGACCGCCUUCCGUUCAGCCGCACUCGUCACAUCCACAACUCGUGGAAUCACGAUAGGGAAGUGAAGGUCUCCCGUGAUGGGACGGAGCUGGAACCAGAUGCUGGAACGGGGCUUUUGGAUGCAUGGAGAGCUCAGCGCGCUGAGCUCCCUCAGCAAGCCACCGCAAACUCCAUGCGCCAGGAUCCAAUCGACGGCGAUGAGAGUCUCCUCCGGACUUCUGACCUGCUGGAAUAUCGAUAUCUGAAUGCUAGCCAAACUCAUCACCUCGAAACUUUGGCACUGCAGCCUGUGGCGACUCCGAAUCUUGUUCUCGCGAUGCUCGGUAUCCACUUCUUGGCCCCACUUCCACUUGCGAUGAUGAACACCUCCCAGGAAGCAGCUCCACCCCAGCACUUUCUGGCACGAGCAUUAAUUCCAGCACACAUGAAUCGGCACGACGAACGGGCAGAUGACCUGCAGCCAAUAGGAGGCGACGAAAUUGUGCGGCACUUCAGUCUUCUCUCAUUCUUGAAUCCAAGCUCAUCAGAACACGUAGCCUCGUUUCCCGGUCGAACCGAAACAGACGCUCAAGCCUCGAGUUCAGACCCAACGACGCAGCUCACGUUCCCAUCUUUGAAUGAUCCACCACCUCCAGAGUCUCAGGCUUCUCCCUACUUCCACCAGCAGCCUCCAUCCUUGGUUUUCCAGCAUGUGCAUGGCCCGCAGUACUCGCCGGGGACAUCACCGCCGUUCCAGUACCAAUCAUACGCGCCCGCUUUCAUUCACAUUCCGAGCCAGAGCGGGUUUCAAGCGCACCAGCCGCCCCUUUCGUCCCCCGGAUAUUUCUCGUCGCGUCCGACUUUCCAGCGGUCCUUCUCCGACGUCCCACCCUCGUCGUCAUUCCGGGCCGGUCCUUCGUCGUCUAGCAUCCCGCUUUCGACACCACCCACCCCAAUGCUGGAGCAGCCGUUAUCGGCGGAAUCGCGGUCGGAUUGGGCCAUGUGGGUUGGGAAUGUGCCCAAGGACGCAACGCAGGAGGAGCUCUUUCGGUUCUUCUCGCAGUCACCCACGUCUGGUCCGUCCACUGUCCCGAACAACGGUGUGCUCUCGAUCUUCUUAAUCCUCCGCUCCCACUGCGCGUUCGUGAACUACGUCUCGGAAGAAGAUAUGAUGGCUGCGAUCAAGCGCUUUAAUGGGCUGUCCCUGAGGCAGGAGGGUCGCUCUGCCGCGUUGUUGUGUCGGAAGAGAGAUGGACGGAAUGAUUUCAGCGAGAGCGGCACUGGCCAGCAGAAGAUGAAACUGCACCGUCGUUGGGUCAAACAGCGUACCCAGAGCCACAGCAGCGAGGACGAGUCCGAUGCUUCAACAACAUCAAGCUUCCUCCAGCUGCACUUUCCUCGACGGUUCUUCAUUCUGAAGUCGUUGACGCAGGACGACUUGGAUCUCAGCGUCAGGCACGGUCUAUGGGCAACCCAAAAGCACAACCAGUCAAUCCUAGAGCAAGCCUUCCGAACGUCUGAGCACGUCUUUCUUAUCUUUAGCGUCAAUAAGAGCGGAGAGUUCUUCGGAUACGCCAGAAUGGCAAGCUUACCGGCGCCGGGCAGCGUUCAAGUCGACUGGACGCACAGGCAGACGUCCCCGACAUCCCCAGGUGCUCGAGAAGGAGGAAACGAGUGGGGUCACGAAUUCCAUAUCCACUGGAUACGAACCAAGCGGCUGCCCUUUGCGCAAACUCGCAAUUUUCGAAACCCGUGGAACCAGGGAAGAGAGAUUAAAGUCUCCAGAGAUGGCACGGAAUUGGAGCCUUCCGUGGGAGAAGCGGUAUUGGCUGCCUGGGACAAGCCAGCACUCUCGAACAACUAGUUCAACGAGAUGGUUGCUGUCAAGCAGUCAGGUUAUCUAGGAUCGUUCUAGCACCCGUAGCAUGAUCAAGAUUUGCCUUAUCACCCUUGUGCGCCUGAGUUGUUUUGAAGGGUUAGCGGAAGGCUUGCACGUGCAGGCGGAAUAUUCGCACGUGUAUCUCACGUGCACAGGCCUUUUCAGCCUGAGAGCAGAAGCUGCUGGGAUCACGAGCCCUCACGUCUCUACUUGUAAUCAUGGCGAUAGACGGUUAUGCUCUACCGCCCGAGAUAUGGCUCCACAUUUGGUCCUAUUCACCUCGGCACCAUCUGCUGCGACUGGUCCUCGUUUGCCAAUUGUUCCGGAGCCUUCUCCGGCCCACUGUAUUCCGGCAGAUUGAGCAACGAGCUGCGGGACUUGAAUCGAGCAUAGACUGGAUUGCGCAUACGCAGAAAUUUUGCCGCUCGGCGUCUCGAUAUCGGUGGAUAUCACAGGGUGCGCUAUGUAGGGAGGUGGUGACAAUGACCUUCUCGGGAACCCAUCGCCUGGAGACUCUGCCGCGUCGGUUUCCGAAUGUCAAGCACAUUCACCUUGUGCAUGACAGCUAUCUCCGUGCUUGGAAUGCGUUCAAGGAGGCCCUCCCCACUUUCAUAAACCUACACAUCGUCUCCCUCACCGCUGUACCUGUCGACACCUCAAUUCGCACAGCUCUAUCAUCGAUUCCCAGGCUCAAGACUUUGGAACUGGGGGAUUGCAGCAUCACGGCGCAUGACGGACCCCUUCUUCCCCUUACGGAACUGGUCAUCAGAGGCAGGAUCCUCGAUCCACGGGCCGUUGCAUCUCCUCUCCUUCUCGCUCGCGCAGAGACGAUCGCUGAAUUGAAACUGGCCCGGCGGUACGACGAGUAUGCACUGUUGCGAGGAUUCAUAAAAAUGCAGACAACGUGUGGCUCUCUCACUGUUCUUUCCCUCCCGUUCUUCGACGGCGAUGCACAAACGUUCUUUGACUUUCUCCGGCUGUGCGCCAAUGUCACAACGCUGAACAUGGACAUGGCACCCGAGCGCGAUUUUGACGAAUCGUUUCCUGGCGAUGCAACGAUUCUUCCCGUUCUUUCAUCGAUCUCAGCACCUCAUCGUUGGGUGCGAUUCUUUGCGCCGGGUCGUCCUAUUACCUCAUUGGAUCUUUCUGGCGUUAGCUGGAGAGUGAGCCUGGAUCCAUGGGACGAAGUCCAGCGCACACUGGGCAUCCUUCUUGCUUCUGGAGCUGAGCUACGGAAUCUAUCUCUUUUUGUCUUUACGCAAACUGUUCCAGAGGUGACAACAUAUCUGACUUCAUGUUGGCCGCACAGUCUGGUAGAUCUUCGUCUGACAGUCUGGGAUCUCUGUGGGUUUUACAGCUCUCGGCGUCAGCGUGUACGACGAGCUUCUGAAGCUAUGCCGAAGCCGGACUUGGACCAUUUCGAUAGCCGACUUGUGGAUCUGGACGGAGAUUAUCCACGCCCCGAUUCUCCACCACUUUCGCGCCCUUCCUCGCCAUCCGAGGGCAGCAUCAUCGUCGAGGGACCAGCGGCUUUCCAGCCGAGCGACUUUUCGAGAGAGGAUGGAGACCGACGCCCCUUGUCUUUCGCGGAAUUGUUGAAUCUGAUUUGCGCCGCCAAAGUCCAUUUCCCGCUAUCUCUUCGCAGGUUCAGUUUGACCUCGGAACAUCUUUCCAACCGCCAGGAUGAACUGCCCCCCUAUGCUCUGUAUUCACGAGCAUUAGAAUGUGAUGCGGUUAUGUCACUCGGCCACUUGCUCCAUCAUCUUUCGUAUCUUCGAUUCGGUAGUACAAUGUCUUGGUGGAUUCGUCUGAACGGCUUUCAAAAUGCCUGGUAUGAUGGCAACGAGAGACUUGCCUGAAUUGGAAGUCUGCACACAGGCCGGGAAUGUAACAAGAAUUACGUCUAACUUUUGGCAAUCUCUGCAUGAUCAUCAACGCACGGUCUCGAUCGACAAGCAAUCUACCGACCGAUUACAGUAUGCGACCUCAACUUGCCCUAUCUCCCCACAUUUCGCGCAGCGGUAUUGCGGCUUGGUCAUCUUAGCGUUACAGAAGUGCGG